UGGAUUCGCCCUCGUACUUUCGCCUGAAAAUAUUUCACUGGAUAAACGGCGACGUUGAAAGUGCCACACUGAUCCAAGACUUCCUUUAAAAACAAACACGCAGGGCUGGAACGUGUGGACUUUGGUCCACUUCGGAGAGAGACUGUACAAUUUUUAACCAGUUAAAUCAAACCUGCAGACUGACUGAGGACGUGCUGAGUGUGCGCACCGAUCAUACAUGGCGCUGUUUUUACUCGGGAGACGUGGCUUUCAGAGAGCCAUGACAGCGAUCCGGCCGUACGGCUCUUCAGUGGCCUCAGGCAAGAAGCCUGUUAAUGGAGUGGAUCUGUACUACGAGCAGACAGGCAGAGGAAAACAUGCUGUGCUGUUGCUUCCUGGCGCUCUGGGAAGCACAAAGACAGAUUUUGGUCCUCAGCUUAAGUCUCUGAACAAAGAACGCUUCACUGUAGUUGGCUGGGAUCCCCGUGGGUAUGGACAAUCCCGUCCCGCAGACAGAGACUUCCCCCCUGACUUUUUUGAGAGGGAUGCGAAGGAUGCAGUUGAUCUUAUGAAGACACUGGGAUUCGGCAAGUUCUCCCUGCUUGGGUGGAGUGACGGGGGAAUCACGGCUCUGGUUGCAGCCGCAAGGAACCCCGAUCUGAUCAACAAGAUGGUCGUGUGGGGAGCCAAUGCUUUUGUUUCCCAGCAGGACCUCAAGCUUUACAAUGAGGUGCGCGAUGUCUCCAAAUGGAGUGCGAGGAUGAGGCAACCCAUGGAGGAGGUGUAUGGGGCACAAGUCUUUGCUAAACUGUGGGAGGCCUGGGUGGAUGGAAUCGCACAGUUUGCCCACAGACCAGAAGGAAGCAUCUGCAUGGAACUUCUGCCCCUGAUCAGCUGUCCAACCCUCAUCAUCCAUGGAGAGAAAGACCCCAUGGUGCCAAUUCUCCACCCUGAGUACCUCCUCAAACACAUCAAAGGUUCACGAUUGCAUUUAAUGCCAGAGGGGAAACACAACCUCCACCUGAGGUAUUCUGAUGAAUUCAACACACUGGUGGAAGACUUUCUAGAAGAGUGAAACCACGGCUUCAUUAUUCGAUUGUGGAGAAAAAGAGUUGGUGUUACUUACUUUAAAAAUAAAAUGUAGAAUGUGAAUUGUAAUGUUAUUUUGAUUACUUUUUAUGAUGUAAUCUUCAUUUGGAAUGUUAGAUUUAAUAAAAAUAUAGAAAUAUGCGAAACAGCUUUUUACACUAAUUAAAGUUACAAUUUAAUGUAAAUAAAUUCCAUUUGUAACAAAAUCUGGGUUCCAUCCAGCUACAGACCUGUGACAACUGUCUUUAACAGGAUGCUCUGAAGCAAAGUUUACUAAAAAUGUAUCAAGGGCUCAGCAGGCCAAAGGUUUUAUUUGAAGAGGAGAAACAUUACUACCAUCUCUAAAUAUUGUACAUUUAUUUGACAAGGAAAGCUCAAAGCGUCACCUUCAAGGGCUGAAGCAUAACUUCAGUGGUAAAAUUCCAGAGGCACCAGUGUUAAAAUGCUUAAGCUCACAGCAAAAUAAAGAUUUCUACAGUCAAGAAAACGUUUUGGCCACUAUAGCUCUAUCUGACAAAUAAUAGGAGCUGCUGUGAGGUAUUGGCUAGCAAGAGGUUUGUGCUGUGAAGUGUUGGUGAGUGGGA